AAUUGGACAGUAACAAAUAUUUAUCUCGGAGGCAACAUUGAAUGUAGAUUUUUGAAUAGAGGGAGUUCACACAUGCGCAGUGGCUGUAGCAGCAGCAGCACUUUGCUUCUCCCAACUGUCACUGCUGCACCUGGCGCGAAAACCGGAGAACAAUGGAGCUGUCAACUGAGGAGCUGCUCCAGAAGUUAACGGAUUCAGGAAUUAUACUGACUGAAGAAGAGACACAGAGAUUCAGAGACAAUGACGUGGAUGGAGAGACAGUAGAGUGCGGCUUGACUGAACAUUUGGUGGCAUUCCUUUUUUCUGGGUCAUUUAAAAAGCAACUUAAAUUCAACACAUUUGUACAGGAGCUGAAGAAUGUAACCCUUACUUUAGUACCAGUUCCAGAUGUUGACAUCGAGCAACCUUUGACAACAGACAGAAAUGAGGCAAGUGGCAGACUGCCUCUUGGUUUUCUUAUUCCUACUUUCCCUAGAGAUCUUCAGACUAGACUUGACAAAGGGGAGGCAUGUCAGAAGUCCAGCAAAGAUCGUCAUACGAUAAUUCGUGUUCUGCAUGAAGCAGUUAUAGAACACACAAUGUAUCCCAACAAUGCGGAAUAUGUGCAAGUAGUUAGAGCACUUAUUGUGAAGUAUCCUUUCCUUAAGGAUCUGGAGGGAAACGGCUAUCAUACCUGGCAUCAGUCACUUAAGCGCAAAUUCAAAGCGGAGCGUGCCCCUUUGAUUCAUGAAGACGAAGUGAAAAGGAGUAAAGAGAAGUUUGGUCACAAGAGAGCCAGAGAGACUGCAGAAGCGGCAAGAGCCUGUUGCAGAUCUGUGUCACGAUUGUGCGAUGAGGUUGACAGGAUCCAUCCAUCUGCGGUGAACUUGUACAGACGCUGGAAAGAGGGAUUCACUGGCAUAGUGCCUAAGGUGGUCAAGAUGGUGCAAGGAAAAUCCCCAUUAGCCAAGAUGUACACAGAAGCAAGGGAGGAAAUGCUGACAGGAUUUACCAGGUAG